AUGGGCACUGUUCCAAAAAGAAUGCGCCACAAAUGUUCUCUUGGCAAAACUGGACAAGUCUACAGUGUUACCCAGCAUGUGGUGGACAUUGUUGUAAACAAACAAGUUAUGGGCAAGAUUCCUGCCAAGAGAAUUAAUGUACAUAUUGAGCAGAUUAAGCACUCUAACAGCCAUUAUAGUUUCCUGAAAUGUGUGAAGGAAACUGAUCAGAAAAAGAAGGAAGCCAAGGAGAAAGUUACUUGGGUUCACCUGAAUCAGCCUGCUCCACCCAGAGAAGCUCACUUUGUGAGAACCAGUGGAAAGCAGCCUGAGCUGCUGGAACCCAUUCCCUAUGAAUUCAUGGCCUGA